AUGGAGCGCGCCCUCUCGCGACAGAGCCUGUGCAGCUGCAACAGGACAUGGACAUUGCUGUUGGUUGGUGUGGAGAGCAAGCAGAGGGUGUGCUACUCCGGUCCCCCACCAGAACCAAAUCCUGAUAAUCCGGAUGACUGGAUGAAGCAAGUCAUGCAAGAGAUACGGAAGCGUUGCCCGGGAAGAAGGCAACCUACCCCAACUGAUUGCUCGAGUCCGCAACCCCUAGGUAUGGAGGACGGCAGAAUCCCUAAUAAUAGCAUCAAGGCGUCCAGUCAAUGGAGUUGUUGCCCUGCCAGUAAUGCACGUCUAAAUAAUAAACUGAGAUGGAAUACCUUGAGUUCCGAUGCCAAUCCCUGGAUUGAAGUAGACCUUGUUGAAAGUACAGUGGUGACAGGCAUCGUCACACAAGGCUCCAGCGUUGGUUCGUUCGUGACGCAGUACAACGUGGCGUAUCAGAAGCAGCACUCAUCUGAUCGUGAACACGUGAAAGAUGGAACCGGUAAAAUUAAGGUGUUCAUCGGUAAUAUUGAUGCCAACACCCCGGUAACAAACCUGCUCGAUGAGAGUGUGGUGGCGACGGUAGUGCGCAUUGAGCCUAUUGGGGGAAAUCGUGCUUUUACUCUGCGAUUUGAGCUGCUUGGUUGUCACCUUGAUUAA